AUGGAAGAAUUUCAGAGUGCAUUAAAUAGCUUCCAAAAGGACUGGUUACAGUUGCAAGAAAAGCACUCAUCACUGGUUAUGUCACUGUACAAACUCAAGGAGGAAGAGACAAGUUGCGUCCGUAGUGUUAAACAUUGUCGAAACUAUAUGAAACUUUUGAAGCAUGAAAUUGCAAGUCUUCAAAAGAAUGCUACGGGUGAUGAGAUUACCAUACUUGAAAAAGCCAAAAUCGAUAUUCUUAAGAAAGAGUAUGUUUUACGGGAUAUUGAAGAUGUUUUACCUCGCACACCAGGUUUGUAUUUGCGUAUCGUACUUGGAGCUCUUAAUAUAUCGUUUGCUAACAAGGAGGACAAAUUCAGAUACAAGAAUGAUUACGAACGGUUUAAAAUCAUUAUUUCGGGAAUAUGUGCAUUUUUGGCGUUUCUGCUAUACUUUUUCGUUAAGAAUAGAUUUGUGGAUACUAUUUUUCAUUUUCUAUUGGUAUGGUACUAUUGUACACUAACUAUUCGCGAACGCAUUCUUAUUGCCAAUGGGUCACGCAUUAAAGGGUGGUGGAAUAUAUCUCAUUUUAUGUCAACAGCCUAUUCUGGUAUUAUGCUUAUCUGGCCUAGAUCUCGUUCGUAUGAUGAAUUUCGUGAUCAGUUCAUGCUUUUUUGCUUAUACCUAAAUCUUGUUCAUUUUAUACAAUUUCAAUAUCAAAUAAGUUGCCUGUAUAAACUUCGUACUUUGGGUUGUCGACAUCCAAUGGAUAUAACUGUUGAUGGUUUCAUGUCAUGGAUGUUUCGUCGAAUUACGUUCAUCCUACCUUUCCUAUUUGUAGUAUACGGUUUUGAACUAUACAUGGCUUAUAGUCUUUACGUCAUAUCCCAACAGAGCUAUUGUCGCGAAUGGCAGGUACCUGCUGUAUCAAUCAUUUAUUUCAUACUAGCAAUGGGCAGUAUUGUGACAGUGUCACAAGUGAUACGUCAAAAGAUUUGUGCACCACCACCUAUUGUACUUCAUGAUCAUUUAACGAAAAAGUAUAGUUUUGCUGUACCAAGUGAAAAAUUUAAGGCUUGUGACGAAUUCGGUGAUAAUGAUGAUACAACAACAGAAAAGGUCAUCACAUAA